UAAUAGAAACACACCUAACACAGGUUAGCUAGCUGGUUAGUUACAGUUGGCAUGGAAGGAGAAGGUAAGAGAGAACGGCUCAGUAUUGGUCGUAUCUUUUACGCUCACGGCCUCAUGUGUGCCAGCUACCCGCUACCAGCACUGAUCUGUGCAGCCUUCAUUGUAAUACUGUGCAGUCUCCCAUUCUUUGUCACUACAUCAGGUGAUGUUAAUUCUCCUAAAGGCUGGAGAUCCCCCUGGUUGAACUAUCGUAAGUCGCUGGAUAAAGGAGGAGGGGAAAUGGGCGGAGUCAGAGAAGAAGAAUGGAUUAUUAAUAAUGCUUCAUUAAUGUCAGUUAGGACACCACAAUGGUUCCUGGGUCUUCCUGAAGUGAUUGUCUAUCAGCUUUAUGUUCACACUGAUGUGGACUGUGAGCAAAUGGAUGCACUAUGUCAACGGUCUUUCUACAGACUAAGCAAGACCACAUCAGCCAUCAUGCUUCAGUCCAUAGAACAGGCUGACAAGUCUUGUAGGUCAGUCCUUCAUCCUGCUGCUGUGAAGUUUGCUCGUAUCCUUAGCAACAAGGACACGCCCCCUUCAUCAUUCUCUUCACUGAUCCUGUCUCCGUUACUUGACUCAAUGUAUCAUGAGACAGAUCAGUUGAAGCAGUAUAAUGAUAUUAAAGAUAAUCUCACACUACAGACGAUUAAAGAGUUGCUGUACGGCGGUUUCUGGGAGGAGAGUCACCUGAGAGGUCAGGAGAGCCCUCACUCACUCUCUCAGCAUCGUUUCGCCUUUUCCUUUCUAUUUAAACCAACUGCCGAUAAUUUCCAUCAGUUGAGGGCGUGUCUUGAUACCCUGGAUGGGGCGUGGCCAUUCAAAAGACCGCCAGUACGAAUAUUCACUAAACAUUUCUACUAUGAAUCUGAUCUGUCACUCAGUGACUUUGCACCUUUACUGUUCCUCUAUUCAAUCGUGUUCCUAUACAUAACCUUCUCAGUUGGUAAGAUAGAGUUGGUUCGUUCAAAGUUAGGACUAGGUUUUACAGCUGUCAUUACGGUGAUAUCAUCACUAACAAUGUCACUGGGAAUAUGCACCUUCUUUGGACUUAGCAUCACUAUUAGUGGCAGUGAGGUCUUUCCAUUUGUUGUGGUUGUCAUUGGUUUGGAGAAUAUUUUGAUAAUAACUAAAGCAGUUAUAUCCACUGAUCAAGGACUUGAUGUGAAGCAUAGGAUAGCUGAAGGUUUAAGCAAAGAGGGGAAGUCCCUGCUAUAUAAUUUAUUAACGAUAUUGUGUCUCGUUAUUCUUGGGAUGUUCACUUUUAAUUACGCAAUGAAAGAAUUCUGCACCAUAGCCCUAGUGGGGAUACUCUGUGAUUAUUUCCUCCAGAUGGUGUUCUUCACCACUGUGCUCUCCAUUGACAUGAAGAGACUAGAGCUCUCCGAUUUAAAGGACUCCGCCUCUCAUUACCAUGGCAACCAGCAGGUGGGCGGGGCUGCUAAAGUCCGUAGGGUCGCUCGUAGAGAUAAAGUUAAUAAUUUUCUUGUCCGUGGUCGCUACGCUCAGAAGUUUAUGAUUGUUGUUUUGCUGGCGUACAUGACUUCAGCUUUCUCUAAGACUGAGGUUUUCAACUCUAUCGUUAGUUCUCUCACUGAUUCAUCGACUCCGCCCAGUGCUGGACCGGCCCCGCCCACGGGACCUGUAAUGGGAGGAGAAAGGGGUGGCGCUUCAAAGGAAACCACUCAACAGCAAGACAAUAAAGAAGGUGUGAGUGACAGUGAUUUGACGAGUUACAUUGCCAGCUGGUACGACCAUGGUCUAAUGGAUAGGACCAUCGUGUACAGGACAAUGGAGGACGGGUUUGAGCUUCAGUGUGGAGAGGAUACCACCUGCUGGAGGACAAUGGUGACGACACACUGGCCACACCUACUGGAGUAUUACAAUAUAUCACUGAAAGAAAAGUUUAUAACACUCCUCCCUCCGAUGAUGCUAAACUUCAGAUUAGGUUACACCCCCCAAUCAUUAUUCACUCGUAGUCUGGAGACCAGAUCAAGCCUCACUCAGUCACUGCUCAAUUCUUUAUUGACAUUACUAUCAAUACCUAACGUGGUGAGAGGGAUCAUGUUACUGAUGACUAGUCUACUAGUGGCAGUGUAUCUCUUCUAUUUGUGGAUAAUGGCUAUGAGAGAGAGAAAAGGAGAACCAGGUAAUAAUGCCGUCAAUCAGCAGCUGGUCAGGGUCACUAGACUACAAGGGAACGGACAAGAUAUAGAGUGUGUCAGUAUUGACAAUGGUCAGAUUGUGUCAGUAACUAUUGAUAAUGUUCUUCAUGUCUGGGACAUUGGCUGUAGGCAGAAGCUCCUCAUGAUUGAUAGGAAGGAGGUCAUUGAUCAGAUCCUCCAGAGACAGAGGGACAUGAUGUCUCGGUUCAUCGUGGGUUGUGAGGACCCUCCUGUGGUCUCGUCUCCUAGCAACAGCACCACUGGCUCCAGAGAUCCUCUACCAACUUCAACUCCUAAACCAGCAGCAGUGACUCCACCCAUAUCACCUCUCCCCACGCCCACUCAUGUAUUGACCACACCCUCUCCCCCCGUCCCUCCUGUCUCCUCCUCCUUCCUCCCCACCAGUGUUGGGUCCAUUCCCCAAAGGAUACUGCCCAGUUUCUUAUUGAAGAGGUUGUCUAUGCCGACCAUUUUAAAGAAGAGUCCGGACAAACGAGAAAACCUUCUGAGUUCUUUCCCAAACGUUGAGAGCAUUCCAGAACACCCUUCAGUUGCCACGCCUACUUCCAUAGCCCCACCCACUUUAAUUCCGGACUCCUCCGUUACACUGACCACACCUACCACAACCUCCUCUUCCUCUGCAUUGCAAUCCUUUCCCAGUAGUAAUCAGUCAAACACGCCCACAGUAAGCCCCGCCCCCAUUACUACUACUACUAAUAAUAAUAAUACCAGUACUAGUUCUAAUAAAGGACGUCACACUAGAUCCCAUUCUGUGGAUUAUUCUCUUCAACCUUCUCUCCAAAGACCUUCUAUGGAUUCCUCCGUUAGUUUCGGUUCCCAGUGGUCUGUGGAGAGUAUCUCGUUAUUGUCAGAGAAUCCGUCAGAACUCUCUUAUGAGACAGCUCUUACUGCUCCUCUGUCUCCGCUCCACCCUCCUGCCGAUAAUAGUGGGUGUGGCUGUUUCCAGUUCAAGCCCCACUUUAGUCUGUUCUCUCCGUACACAUCUAAUCUUGCUCUUGAGUAUAAUAGCGAAGAGAAGGGAGAGGAGUUUAGCGACCGGCUCUCCUCCUUGACUCCGCCCAUUUGGUGUCUUGAUGCUUUGAAUGGUACAGCUGCUGUCGGGUGUGGUAAUGGACAGAUUGAGGUUUGGAAUUCUCUCACUGGUUCCCUAAAGUUUUUCAUAGUUCCUAAGCAAGUCGGAGUGACAGUGCUAAGACUACAUUCAAUUGGUAUUAUAUCAGGUCAUUUGGAUGGUUCCUUGCAUUUGAUUGGUCACCAUGGUCACCUGAUGCACAGUAUCUCCGCCCACUCCAAACCAAUCAGUAUCCUCACUUACAACAAGGACUGUGUCUUCACUGGCAGUUAUGAUUCGGUUAUUAAAGUCUUCAGGAUUAUUGAUUUCAUUUGUCUGAGAUCCUUCACAUUUCAUACCGGACACAUUACCUCAUUAAUAUUAAUUGAUGGUUCCCAUAUUGUGUCCGGUUGUUCGUUUGGUUCAAUCUUUCACUGGAACUCCAGCACUGGACGACUCCUUCAAGAGCUGCUUCCUUUUCCUCCUCAAGACGACCAAUCAGAUUUGAACGAAGACCAUCAAGUAGGUGUGGUCAGAAUAUGUACCUCCAGUGAAUAUAUAAUUGGAUUGUUACGGGACAACUGCAUAAGAAUAUGGAACAAAGAAGAUGGACAUCUUUGCAAUAUAAUAGAAAUGGAUUCUUUUACUCACGAUGUCACAGUGAUAGAUUCUCAUCACAUAGCAAUUGCACUUCAAUCUCAACUUGUCAUUUAUGAUAUUCAAAGAAGGUCUGAGGUUGGUCGUAAAGACCUCGCCUCCAGCUCCUCCCCCCUCAUUAGGCACCUGUCAGCCAUUGACUCCUCGAACCUCCUCUGCUCCAGUGGGGCUGAUCUACAGCUGGUCCCUUCUGGACUCAAAAUUAAAAGCGAAUAGUAGCCUAACCUCCUAAUAUUCUGUGGACAUAUUAUUACUUUCUCUUCAAAUUUAUAUGCCAUCAAUAAUCACUUAUUUUUAUUAUUAUUUGUUUGCAAAAAUGAAACCUAUCAUAUA